AACAUAGUUAAAGUAGGGGGAGGAAAGCUGUGUGCAGCGGAUAGAAGGUGAGGGGUUGUGCGAUAUGGUUAGAAAAGCAGAGGCAGAAGGGCUUUUCAGAGGAGUCAAGAUUGGAGAGGGUGGUAUGGUUGUGUCCUUACUACAGUUUGCGGAUGAUACUGUGUUUAUGGGAAAGGCAGAGGCAGAAAAUUUAAGGACUGUGAAAGCUAUUCUACACUGGUUCGAAUUAAUUUCGGGUUUGAAGAUCAAUUUUUGCAAGAGUCAUUUGUAUGGGUUUAAUGUUACAGAAGGGUGGUUAAAGGCUGCAGCCGAUAUUUUGCAUUGUAAGAUAGGAAUGUUGCCUUUUACUUACCUUGGUUUGCUGGUGGGAGGAAUUUCGGGGAGGAAAAAGUUUUGGGUUUCUGUGCUAGAUCGUUUUCGGAAUAAGCUUGCCGCCUGGAAACGUUCACUGCUGUCCUUUGGAGGUCGAAUUACUUUGCUCAACUCGGUACUUUCUGCUCUUCCUAUUUUUUACUUGUCGUUAUUUAAAAUUCCAAAGUGUGUUCUUGCUGAGAUAGUUAAGAUUCAAAGAGAUUUCUUUUGGGGUGGAGCAAAUUUGGAGAGGAAAAUUGCAUGGGUAAGUUGGGAUCAUAUUUGUGUGGAGAAGGAGAGAGGGGGUUUAGGAGUGGAUAGUUUAAAGAGGAGAAACUGGGCUUUAUUGGGUAAGUGGUGGUUUAGGUUAGGUGAUAGUAUUGGGGGAUUAUGGAAGAGGGUGAUUUGGGAGAAGUAUUACGAGGCUCGAAAGGAAGUUGAUAUUACUUCUUUUAGCUCCUUGCAUAUGUCUCGAGUGUGGAAGGACAUUGUGGGUGUUGGUAGCCAGUCGGAGAGGUUGGGUUUAAUGCUGGGAAAAGGCUUUAAAUGGGAGAUUGGUGAUGGAAGUCGAGUGGCUUUUUGGGAUGAUAAAUGGGUCGGUGAUAAACCUUUAAAGGAUAUAUUUCCGAGAUUGUAUGCGUUAUCGUUGACCAAGGAGGGGCUGUUGAAGGAUAUGGGUUUUUGGAGUGAGGGCACAUGGGUAUGGGAUUGUAGAUGGCGACAAAGCUGUUCCAGGAGGGUUGGUGAGGAGGAAGAAAGGUUGGCAACGAAGGAUAAUCUAUUUAAGAGAGGGAUUGCAUUGCUGGGGGGGGAUGUGAGUUGUGGUUUAUGUGGGGAGGGAGUGGAUCAGGGUGUUUUGUCGAAAGACAUCUUUGGAUUGGCAGAGUUCGUGAUGCAUGGCAUUUGGAACAAAGUUGCUGUCUGAGGAGUUAGUUUUGGAGUAUAUACAACACAAAUCAUUUUUAUGGCUUAAAAAUAAAGAGAAAGGGAGUGUUUUUUCAUACCAAGAAUGGGUCUCAAGUCCAAUGGAGUGCAGGGGAGCAAUUUUGCAGUAUCGUAGCAACUGGAAAAUAUAUCAAAUGCGGCAGCAAGAUGGGGGAUGAGUUUGUUUGUACGUAAGUGUAGCUGAUUCUAGUGCUAAAUCGUCAACUUCUAGAGGCUGGUGAUAGGCUGCAAGUGUGUUUUCCUGUGUUUUCAUUUGCACUUUUUACUUGAUAGUUGUAAUUCCAUUUUGGGGUAUUUCUCAUACUCCUGAUUAAUAUAGAUCAUUUGUUUUG